AUGUCUGAGAUCAAGAACAACGAGAACGGCUACCAGGGUGGUGUGCAGACCAUGCGCGCGCUCACGCCCGGCGGCCAUCCCAUGGACUCGUCCCAGCCGGCCUUCCCCGUCUACCACCGCAAGUUUGCCAACCCUGCACCGCUCGGACUGUUCGGCUUUGCCGCGACCACGUUUGUGCUGUCGAUGUUCAACGUCAAGGCACGCGGUGUGACGGUGCCCAACGUCGUCGUGGGUCUUGCCAUCGGCUACGGUGGAUUGGCGCAGUUCCUCGCAGGCAUGUGGGAGUUUGCGGCAGGUAACACGUUUGGUGCGACUGCAUUCUCAUCCUACGGCGCCUUCUGGUGGUCGUACGCCAUCCUCCAGAUCCCCUGGUUCGGCAUCGCUCAGGGAACUUACAACCAGAACGGUGUGCCCGAGGCACAACUCGCCAACGCGGUCGGAAUCUACCUCAGCGCCUGGUUCAUCUUUACGUUCAUCAUGCUGCUCGCAUCCUUCCGAUCGUCGGUCGGCCUCGUGGCGCUCUUCUUCUUCCUCGACAUCACUUUCCUCCUGCUCUUCGUAGCCGAGUUCACGGGCAACGCGAAGAUCCAGACGGCAGGUGGAUCGUUUGGCAUCCUCACCGCCGCAAUCGCCUGGUACGUCGGCGCCGCGGGUCUGCUCACCCCAGACACGAGCUUCUUCACGCUCCCCGUCAUCGAGCUCUCCCGCAAGGACUAA